AUGAAGUUCUCCCUCGCCGCCAUUACCACCUUCAUCGGCGCUAUCAGCGCCACCAGCCUUCCUAACGCCUUCACUCUCGUCGCCGAGGGCGGCAAGACCGUCCUGACCGAUGGCCAGAACAUGUACAUUGGCAGAAACACUACCAACUAUGAGAUCCUGAUCCUCCGUGGCGGCAGCCCCAAUGGCCUCGUCUCAUACACUGCCAAGAACGCUGUUCCUACCGGUUUCCAGAACCUCUAUAUCGUCGAAGACUCUGUUUCACCCGUCGGGCUGACCCUCCCCCACUCCGGCGCUGUCCCCGAGGGCGGCAAUGUCACUGGCUUUGGUGUCAAUGACCAGGGUCUGUUUACUCAGGGUGACAGGGAUUGGUUCUCCGUUGAGGGUUACGGCGAUAACCCGGUCAAGGAGAUCUAUUGGUACGGUGCCCACAACUCUGUGUACCGUGGUGAGAAGCUCUAUGUUAAGGAGCUCAAGAACUACUCUAACUAA